AUGGCUGCUGCUCGAGGUCUACCUAUUCCCCCGGCAGACGAGGUCCCUCCAGAACUCGAGUACAAGGCACCACCUCCAGCAUCACAGGAAGACCGACAGAACGAUAAACUCCUGAACACACUUACCAUUCCAAUAGCCUCUAGAUCUCAAUCCUUCAACUCUGACAGCUCAGCUGGCGCACUGAAGACUCCUCCCCAGCCGCAAUUCCCGGCUGGCACAAACCCGUCUGGGUCACAACUAUUCAGAGGACGAGCUAAGACGUUGGCAUCAUUAACCACUUCAUCCAAAUCGAAUUCAAACAUGGCACCGCGAGAAAUCCAACUCCCGCACGAUCCAUUUGUGAACGGCCAGCCAAUCGAAGUCUACCUCUACAAGGACCCCAUGGAAUGCCCGAUCUGCUUCCUCUACUAUCCACCAUACCUCAACAAAACCAGGUGCUGUGACCAGCCUAUCUGCUCAGAAUGCUUCGUACAGAUCAAACGGGCAGAUCCACAUCCGCCUGAACACGAGCAGCCAGGAGCAAACCCGUCCCGGGACGCUGAGUCACAGACGAACGAGUCUGAACACCAACUUGUAACCGAACCUGCUGCCUGCCCCUUUUGCGUGCAGCCUGAGUUUGGUGUAACAUACGCGCAACCCCCGUUCCGCCGUGGUCUCGCUUAUGCCCCAGGGCAUGGCGGUCAUCACCUGGGAGCAGUAGCUUCGCCAAUGUCGUCGUCAAGCUCGUUGAACUCCGCGAAUGCAAGCCCCGGUACGACUACGACACGACGACGUGCCACCUCCUUAUCUGCGGAUGCACCGGGAGUUAUCACCACUGAUAAGAUUCGUCCCGAUUGGGCGCAAAAGCUAGCUACAGCUCGAGCCAAUGCCGCAAGACGAUCAGCCGCUGCCACCGCUUUGCACACCGCAGCAUAUCUGAUGAACAAUAACAACAAUAAUAGCACAUCCAGUUCGAAUGGUGAGUCUAGGAACCUGGCAAAUAUUGGGAGAAGAGCUCUCCUACGCCGAGGCACUGGUAACGACAGUCCUACUAGCCGGAGCAACUCCACCCAUGUCAAUGCCUUUGCUUAUCUAGCUGAGAGGCGCGCAACCGAGCGUAUUGAUGGCGAGGAGCAAUCCAAUAACUCCGCAAGGGGUACGUCAAGACGAGAACGGAGCAGAGCAGAAGAGAUAGAAGAAAUGAUGAUAAUGGAAGCCAUCCGUCUCAGUCUUACAACCGAGGAAGAGAGACGGAAGAAGGAGGAGAAAGAAGCGAAGAAAGAAGCGAAGAAGCGUGAGAAGGAAGCCAAAAGGGCUGGAAAGUCUGCAGCUCAGAAUGAAGAAUCCUCCAGCACCAAUGAAAGCAGCAGUUCUGCUACCGGCCUUACUUCCACUGAUGCAGGGCUUCCAGAAAACGAUUCCUCGCAGGAUAAAGGUAAAGGCGUAGCUCGCCCAGUUCCAGCUUCAGCUCCAGCUCCAGCUGAUCAAGGGGAGCCAUCAUCGUUAUCCCAGGCGACUGAGCAACCACCCAAAUUAAGACUCAACACUCCCCUUGCAGGCGAAUGCUCCGCUCCAGCAGGAACGUCUCCUUCACCCAGACCACAUCCACGCUCCCAUUCGAGCGCCUCGUCAUCCGACAUAUCGCUGGUUGAAUCCGCAUUUGACGACCAAAAGGACACUGGCACUCCCAACGGUUCGAACCCCAACAUUGACGCCGUGUUUAAUUUCCGCAGCCUCGCAGCCAUGGUCGGUGAUGCAGAGAACGAAAGAACCGAGACUUCGAGCCAGCCGGUCCCAAUUCCCGUCAGCAGCCAGGCUAGCGACUCCGGAAACUGUGACCCCCAACGCGAAAGCUCAAAGGCCCAAGACCCCCCAUACGAAGGGAAAGAAGCUCAGUCGCAGUCCACGGAGAUCUCUUCCCAGUCUCCUAUCAGUUAG